CCUGUUUGGAGUCUGUCCUUUCCUUUCCCUCAAUUCAUGUUUGAUUAUUCAACUAUUUUCCUGAUAAUGAUCUGCAUAGAAUGUGAUCGAUACACUGAAACGCGUUUUUAUCGUAAUAUUGCUAUGUGAUUUUCCCUUUUCAGCUAUCGUCAUGGUAAGGAAGAGGAGAACUCCACUUCCUGGUGCUGGGGAUGGCUCUGAAUCUCGUGAGCUGAGUGGAGGUAGCGACCAUGGUUCCCAACACAAUACUGGUGGUCCCACUGCUUCCCAGCAACAGAGAGGGGGAUACCAGGGUCAGGGUGGAAGAAACCGUGGCCCGCAGAGUGGUCGAGGAAAUUUUUCUGGAGGAGAAUAUGUUGGUGGUCAUGGAAUGGGUGGUGGCCGAAGAGGAGGGCUUUCUCCUAGUGGACCUUCCAGACAACCGAUUCCCGAACUGCACCAAGCAACCCAGACUACACAGGGCCGAAUGCAUCCUCCAACCAUGGCAUCUGAUGCUGGUUCAUCGUCACAGCCACCUGAAUCACGUGAAACUGCUCAAAUGUUGGAGCAGCUUAGCAUCCGACAAGAAGGUUCUAUUGGCCAAGCACUCCAAACUGCUGUUCCCUGUAGUAGCAAAUCAAUGAGGUUCCCUCGUCGCCCUGGUAAAGGUACCAUUGGAGAGAAGUGCAUCAUCAAGGCAAACCACUUCUUUGCUGAACUAGCCGACAAAGAUUUUCACCAUUAUGAUGUCUCCAUAACACCGGAGGUCACAUCAAGGAUACUCAAUCGCCAAAUAAUGAAGAAGCUGGAGAGUCUGUAUAAUAAGUCACAUCUUGGGGGGCGGCUUCCUGUUUAUGAUGGUCGGAAGAGUCUCUAUACUGCUGGACCACUGCCUUUUACAUCAAAGGAGUUUAACAUUACUCUCAGUGACGAAGACGAUGAAGACAGAUCAGGCAGCCGAAGGGGAGAGAGGGAAUACAGGGUCAUAAUUAAGUUGGCUGCACGAGCUGAUCUUCACCAUUUGGGUCUGUUUUUGCAAGGGAGGCGAGAUGAUGCGCCUCACGAAGUCCUGCAAGUUCUUGACAUUGUUCUGCGUGAAUCACCUUCUACUAGUACUGGGUACUGUGCUGUGGGUCGAUCGUUUUUUUCCCCUAAGUUAGGGGAAAGGCAUUCAUUGGGCGAGGGGCUCGAAUGUUGGCGUGGUUUCUAUCAGAGCAUUCGUCCCACCCAGAAUGGGCUAUCUUUAAAUAUAGAUAUGUCCACCACUGCAUUUAUAGAGCCAUUGCCGGUUGUUGAGUUUGUCACUAAGCUGCUGAACCGUGAUGUAACAUCUAGACCAUUAUCCGAUUCUGAUCGUGUGAAGAUCAAAAAAGCUCUAAGAGGAGUGAAAAUUGAAGUUACGCACCGUGGCAAUAUGCGUAGGAAAUAUCGAAUCUCUGGUUUAACAUCACAGACAACACGAGAGCUGACUUUUCCUGUAGAUGAAGGAGGUACAAUGAAAUCUGUCAUUCGGUACUUCUCUGACACCUACGGUUUUAAUAUACAACAUACUCAUUGGCCUUGUUUGCAAGUUGGAAACCCACAAAAACCUAAUUAUCUGCCUAUGGAGGUGUGCAAAAUUGUAGAGGGUCAAAGGUAUUCCAAGAGGUUAAAUGAAAGACAAAUCACCGAAUUGCUUAAAGUCACUUGCCAACGCCCCAAAGAAAGAGAGAAUAAUAUUGUGAAGACUGUUGAUGGCAAUAGAUACAAUCAAGAUAGGUAUGCAGAAGAAUUCGGCAUAAAAAUAAGUAGGAGCCUUGCACGAGUGGAAGCUCGAGUUCUUCCUGCACCUCGGCUCAAAUAUCAUGAUUCCGGCAGGAUCAAGGAUUGUCGUCCGGAAGUUGGAUGUUGGAACAUGAUGCACAAGAGAAUGGUUAAUGGUGGGCAUGUCAACCACUGGUUGUGCAUCAACUUCUCGCGAAAUGUCCAAGAAACCGUUGCUCGUGAUUUUUGCUCUGAGCUUGUGGAGAUGUGCAGGACAUCAGGAAUGGCAUUUAAUCCAGAACCGGUCUUACCACCUACAAGCGGCCGUCCCGAAUACUUGGAGAAGGUUUUGAGAUCUAGAUUCAACGAGGCUAUGUCUAAACUGAGGCCAAUAGGCAAAUCUGUCGACCUCCUUAUUGUGAUUCUGCCCGACAACAAUGGACCCCUAUAUGGUGACAUUAAGCGCAUCUGUGAGACAGAUCUUGGACUUGUUUCCCAGUGUUGUUUGACAAGACAGGUUUUUAGGAAGUCUAAACAAUAUUUGGCCAAUGUUGCGCUAAAGAUAAAUGUGAAGGUUGGUGGACGGAAUACAGUGCUAGUUGAUGCUAUAUAUAGGAGCUUGCCUGUGGUCAGCGACGAACCUACUAUAGUUUUUGGUGCUGAUGUUACUCAUCCUCCUCCAGGAGAAGAUUCAAGCCCUUCCAUAGCUGCUGUCGUGGCCUCUCAAGAUUGGCCUGAAAUUACCAAGUAUGCUGGCCUAGUUUGUGCUCAAGCUCAUCGCGAGGAACUUAUCAAAGACUUGUACAAACCCCGGGAGGAUCCUGUAAGAGGGACUGUAGACAGCGGAAUGAUCAAGGAGCUACUUGUAUCGUUUAAGAGAGAAACUGGACUUAAACCUCGGCGCAUCAUAUUCUACAGGGAUGGUGUCAGUGAAGGACAGUUCUACCAAGUUUUGUUACACGAAGUUGAUGCAAUUCGUAAGGCUUGUAACAACUUGGAGCCAGAAUAUCAGCCUCCCAUAACUUUUGUUGUGGUGCAAAAACGGCACCAUACAAGGUUGUUUGCCAACAACCAUGCGGACGAAAGAACAGUCGACAAGAGUGGAAAUAUAUUGCCUGGUACUGUCGUAGACUCAGAUAUCUGCCAUCCGACCGAGUUUGACUUCUACCUUUGCAGUCAUGCUGGUAUAAAGGGUACAAGUCGUCCAGCUCAUUAUCAUGUUUUAUGGGAUGAAAAUGGGUUCAGUGCUGAUGGACUGCAGUCUCUAACAAAUAAGCUCUGCUACACGUAUGCUAGGUGCACUCGUUCUGUGUCCAUUGUUCCUCCUGCUUAUUACGCCCAUCUCGCGGCAUUUCGAGCCCGCUUUUACAUGGAGAGAGAUACCUCAGAUGGUGGCUCAACCACGAGUGGUGUCAGUGGCGGACGUGGGCCUAUAGGUUCUGGGGGUGCUGUAGCGAAGAGCACACGCGGACCAGCUGCAGGUGUUACAGUGAAACCCCUUCCUGCAAUCAAAGAAAAUGUUAAAAGGGUCAUGUUCUACUGUUAGUUGCU